UAUGAAUGGAGGCAGGGUCUCUUGUAAAAUUCCGUUUUGAACCGGCAGGGGGAACAGCAACACGCGGAAAGAGGGAAGCAGAAAGCCUCUCGCGCAGCAUAAAGGCGACGUUCAGAGGCGAAAACUUGCGAUUCGUGGCAUGGAGGAGCCAGCGGGUGGCUGCAGCCCUCUAAUUCCUGUCAGGCUAGGUGGGUGAGCCGUGUUUCAUUGGUUCAAAGCCAGUUAUUAUCCCCGUGUUGAAGCAAACCCCCAGCUUUCAGCCCUGUUUUUUCAUUUUUUUCUCCUCCUCCUUCCUCCUCCUCGGUGAAAUCUGACACAUCAGCGGCUCUCAUCUCUAGUUUGGAUGCUGAUUCGUGCUAAUUGGCCUGCGUGGAUAGCAGCAACACAUUUUCGGGGGGAAGAGGUUCCACGCAGAUGUCGUCGGCUGUGGAGGAGCCCUAAACCUCGACUGUGACACGAGGAGCAAGCACGCGCGCACAGACAUCUCCCACUUUAUGAGAAGGACGAGGCUGUAGAAGAGGUCAUCGGAGAGCUGACGGGAAUCAUGGCAGCUACUUUAUCGGCGGAGGAGGAACAGGCCACCAGGCAGUUCCUGGAGGAAAUCAACAAGUGGACCAUUCAGCACGGCGUGUCUCCAUUGUCCAAGGAACUGGCUAUUAAAUUCCUCAUGGCGCGCAAGUUUGACGUUCUCCGGGCCAUCGAACUCUUCCACAGUUACAGGGAAACGCGUCUUAAAGAAGGAAUCGUCAGACUUCAGCCUCAGGAGGAGCCGCUGCGCUCAGAGCUGCUCAGCGGAAAGUUCACCGUGUUGAGUGUGCGGGACCCUUCAGGAGCCUCCAUCGCCCUGUACACCGCCAAACUCCACCACCCCAACAAGACAGGCAACCACGUGGUUCUGCAGGCCCUCUUCUACCUCCUGGACCGAGCCGUGGAAAGCUUUGAGACGCAGAGGAACGGCCUGGUGUUCAUUUACGACAUGGCGGGCUCCAACUACACAAACUUUGAGCUGGACCUGAGCAAGAAGAUCCUCAACUUGCUGAAGGGGGCGUUCCCUGCCAGACUAAAGAAAGUUCUGAUUGUUGGGGCUCCUGUUUGGUUCCGUGUUCCCUACAACCUGCUGAGCCUCCUUCUGAAGGAGAAACUCAGGGAGAGGGUUCAGAUGGUGAAAAUGGCAGAGCUGUGUCAGCACCUCCCCAGAGACUGUCUCCCCCAGCAUCUCGGCGGCCUGCUGCCUUUGGACAUGUACAGCUGGAACCAGCAGCUGCUGGCGGGUCAGAACGGCAGAGUGGACCCCGUGGAUGAGCUGGUGGGGAUCCCCAUCGAGGAUUCCUCCAUCCACGUCCCCGGGCCGGAGUCCAUGCGCCCCCAGGAGCUGCUGACGCACCUGGGCAGGCUGCAGCGCUCCGGGAUCCACCAGGAGUAUGAGGCGCUGCGCAGAGAAACGCCGCCUGGAACGUUCCACUGUGCACAAGCAGCCUACAAUCAGGAGAAGAACCGUUACGGAGACGUUUUGUGCCUUGAUCAGACGAGAGUUCGUUUGAAACCCAGGAGGAAUGAGAGAUCCGACUACAUCAAUGCUAGCUUCAUGGACGGUUACAAACAGAAGAACGCUUACAUCGGUACUCAAGGACCUCUGGAAAAAACCUAUAAUGAUUUCUGGAGAAUGGUCUGGGAGCAAAAUGUCCUUGUCGUUGUCAUGACAACCAGGACAGAAGAGGGCAGCCGCAGGAAGUGUGGGCAGUACUGGCCGCUGGAGGAAGGAGGGCAGGAGGUCUACGGCCACAUAGCUGUGGUGAACCAGAGGGUGGACCACCACACGCACUACAACCACACCACCCUUGAGCUGCACAACACUGAGACAUGUGAACAGAGACAGGUUAGUCACUUCCAGUAUCUCAGCUGGCCGGACUACGGCGUUCCCACCUCUGCUGUGACUCUCAUCGACUUCCUGGGAGCUGUGAAAAGACAACAGAGGAAAACUGUGAGGGCUCUGAGCUCUCAGUGGACGGGACACCCUCUGGGACCCCCCAUGGUGGUGCACUGCAGUGCAGGGAUUGGGAGAACAGGGACCUUCUGCGCUCUGGACAUCUGUCUGUCCCAGCUGCAGGACGUGGGCACCCUGAACGUGUGCCAGACGGUGCGGCGCAUGAGAACGCAGCGGGCCUUCAGCAUCCAAACCCCGGACCAGUACUACUUCUGCUACAACGCCAUCUUGGAGCACGCCCAAAGGCAGGGCCUGCUCCCAACCAAUCAGUGAGCCUCAUCCUCGCCCUGCACAAGUCCGCUUCCUGCGGUCGGUCCAUCAACCCCAGAGCCCUGCUGUGUGACCAAGUAGACCCAGAAAGCAGCUCCCGCCCUUCCAGGGAGCCUCAAAGUCCCUUACUGGCGGACUUAAAAGAAAAUUCAGCGGCGAUAAACGUGCCGUAUUCGUGUGAUAACAUUGUGUCUGCCAAGAAUGUGACUUUUUGUUUUUGCUGAACAUAUCUUUGACAAUAUGCAGGAAAUGACUGAUGUGUGGCCAAGGCACAUGGAGCCAAGUAAGGUGAUGUUAACCUCUAUUUAUUUCUUACACAAAACAAGGUUUGUAUGCAGCUGAUGAAAGCAUCACCUGUACACGUCUUUGAAUCCAUGUCGCCUCAUUUUAAGAACUUCCUGUACAGGAGCUGAGCUGGGAGAGCGGCGGCUGAACUUAGACUCGUGGAAAUGCACAUUUAAACUCAAUUUGAGGAGAAAACGGGCCGUUUUAUUUGUAAUUUCACACAUUGACAGAGUAGGUUUGCCCCUCAAUUCGUCUGGGAUCUGAAUCCUCAGAAGCCCCAGAUUUAAGUUGAGGUUGCAGAAAUCGAUCUUAGUUUAUCUCGUUAAUAAUCCUCCCGAUGAAAAUUACCUUUGACCACUCCUUUAGGUCAAAGUUUGGCCAACGUAAGUCAAGAAAAAUAAAAAAUAAAAACUCUAGUCUCACCUGCCUUAAAGACCCACUCCCAUCAACUUUUGAUCUGUUGUAAAAAGUGUUUUUUUAAUUAUGAUUCUGACAUUUUUAGGCAAAAUUGUUGUUUUCUUGGUCGUAGUUUCUGCAGUAGUUCAGUAGAUAUUUGCCUCUGAGAUGUGGGGGGAUGGUGGCACAGAGCAACCCCUCCCCCAUGGCUGAGAGCUUUUGCCCCGCCCAGGGUAUCAAUAUUUUUUUUUAUCUUUUUUUUUCGUCUUCCCCCUGAUUCACAACCAUUUGAAUAAAGAAAUACUCAUACAUUCUUAGUCUUCUUUAUAUUUGUCCUCUAUAAUCAGGAAAAGGCCACAAAAACAGGUUAAAAACACCCUUUUCAUCGGAGUGGGUCUUUAAGUCCAGAUAAGCCCCGCCCCCUGCACACGUCAGCAGUCAAGACCUCAUGAAUAGUGCAAUAUUUUAUUUUUUAUCCUAACAUGAGUCACAUUUUAGCACUUUGUUAAAAAAAAUAUUUUUUUUAUAUUCCCCAAUGUGGUCGUUCUUACGAUGGUGGCGUGAAAGUUGAGGACAAACGGCGUUCUGUGGAUCCUCACGUGAAGCUGGGAGAACUUGAUUGUUUGUAAAAAAAAAAUUUUAAAAAUGUAGUGACGCAUAACUCAGUAACAUGUAUUGAUAUUUACUGUAAACAUCUGCUUCAAGCUUCACCAGGUCAAAUCAGGACUGUCUGAACAGGGAAGCCACAGACUGAUUCUCGACUUUUAUUUUUAAUCUUUUAAACAGAAGUGGAGGGAGAAAAAAAACGACAUAAAAAGCACAAACUCGUGCCUGCCACGCCUCAUGCGACCCAUGAAGAAAUGCCUUCUCAGUUUCUGUACGCUUGACGUUUCCGUCGGCGCUUUCACCUGGUUUCCUGCCGUCAUUUAGUCCAAAAACUGCCAUAUGUUGCGUGUUGAUUUCUUUACUACAGAGUUCAUAUUGAAUUUGCUGGUAGUGAAGCUCCUUCUUUUCUUUUUUUUUUUUUUUAAAGUCUAGCCAAGCUCACACACUCUGACUGAAGUCCUUUCAACGACAGACGCAAAAUGUGCUCCAGUUUUAUUUUUGUAUUCAGCAGCAGUUUUCAUACGGCGACGGUCGAGUACGUUCAUUUUAUAUUCUGUUAUAGCGUGUUAUCGUUCCUAUAACUGUUGAGUCCAGCUAUCCUGUAUUAAAUACAAACUAUGUCAACA